AUGGCGGGGCCCCCGGCCCCCCCGCCGGAGACGGCGGCCACCGCCGCCACGGCCGCCGGCGCCACGGCCGCCGCCGCCGCCUCGUCCUCGUCGUCGUCGUCGUCGUCCGCCGCGUCCCCGCACUACCAGGAGUGGAUCCUGGACACCAUCGACUCGCUGCGCUCGCGCAAGGCGCGGCCCGACCUGGAGCGCAUCUGCCGGAUGGUGCGGCGGCGGCACGGGCCGGAGCCGGAGCGCACGCGCGCCGAGCUCGAGAAACUGAUCCAGCAGCGCGCCGUGCUCCGGGUCAGCUACAAGGGGAGCAUCUCGUACCGCAACGCGGCGCGCGUCCAGCCGCCCCGCCGCGGAGCCACCCCGCCGGCCCCGCCGCGCGCCCCGCGCGGGGCCCCCAACGCCGCCCACGCCGCGCCGCCGCCCGCGCCCGCCCCGCCGCCGCCGCCCGCGCCCGCCGCCGCCGCCUCGGCCCGGGCGCCCCGCACGGCCGCCGCCACAGCGCCCCCUUCGCCCGGCCCCGCGCCGCCGGGCCCCCGCGCGCAGCGGGCCGCGCCCCUGGCCGCGCCGCCGCCCGCGUCCGCGCAGCCGCCGCCGCCGCCGGCGCCCCCGGCCGGCCCGCGCCGCGCCCCGCCGGCCGCGUCCGCCGUCGCCGCCGCCGCCGCCCGGGAGCCGCCGGCGCUGCCGCCACCCUCGCCGGCGCCGCCGCAGCAGCACCCGCCGCCGCCCGCGCCCUCGCCCGCGCCGCCGCUGCAGCCGCCGCCGCCGGAGGGGGGCGCGGCGCGCGCCGGCGGCCCGGCGCGGCCCGUGAGCCUGCGGGAAGUCGUGCGCUACCUCGGGGGCAGCGGCGGGCCCGGCGGCAGGCUCACCCGCGGCCGCGUGCAGGGGCUGCUGGACGAGGAGGCGGCCGCGGCGGCGACGCGGGGCCGCCUGGAGCGCACCCGCCUCGGAGCGCUCGCGCCGCCCCGCGGGGACAGGCCCGGACGAGCGCCGCCGGCCAGCAGCGCCCGCGCGGCGCGGAGCAAGAGAAACGAAGAGCCCGUGCUUGAGAAAGACGACGAGGACGACGACGAGGACGAUGAAGACGAAGACGACGACGUGUCCGAGGCCUCCGAGGUGGCCGAGAGCGACAGGCCGGCCGGGCCGCCACCGCAGCUUCACCACCAGCUCAACGGCGAGCCCGGCGGUGGUGCCCCGAGCGCCAAGGAGCGGGUCAAAGAGUGGCCGCCCGCGGGGUCCCACCCGAGCCCGGACGAGGGGCGUGGGCCGGCGCCAGGCCCUCGCCAGAUCUUCAUGGGGAUGAACAAGGAGGGGGGAUCAGGCUGCGCCACCCCUGGACCUGACUGUCCUUCCCCUGUGCCUUUGCCUCCGGGAAAACCAGCCCUUCCCGGGACUGAUGGGAUCCCAUUUGGCUGCCCGUCGGGGCGCAAGGAGAAGCCGGCGGACCCCGUGGAGUGGACAGUGAUGGACGUGGUGGAAUAUUUCACCGAGGCCGGCUUUCCUGAGCAGGCCACUGCGUUUCAGGAGCAGGAGAUCGACGGGAAGUCGCUGCUACUUAUGCAACGCACCGACGUGCUCACUGGCCUGUCCAUCCGCCUGGGUCCGGCCCUGAAGAUCUAUGAGCACCACAUCAAGGUGCUCCAGCAAGGCCACUUCGAAGAUGAUGACCCCGACAGCUUUCUGGGCUGAGCGUCCAGCGCACCCUGGCGGCCCGCCCCUCCUGCCCCCUCAUAUUCCCGCCCACGGCCCCCUGCAUCGGCUCCUGCCCCUCACCCCCAACCCUGGGCCCAGUCCAGACACUCAGGCCUCAUGACAGUUUCUAAAGAGAGGGCACCGGCCCCAUCGCUGCGCCCCUGAGUCUGCUCCAAAAGGAACCCAGAGCGGCCUAGAGACAGGGGCUAUAAUUUGACCCCCCAGGAGGCCAAAUCUGCCCCCACCCCCACUUAUCCACUCACUACUACCCCUCCCAGGCCAGGACAUUUUUUUUGGACAAAAAAAAAAAAAAGUGGGGCAUUCCCUCUACCCCAGACCCCUGUGCGUUCAGCCAGAUGUUCUCGAUAUAAAUGUUCUGUUCAGCUGUUUUGUUCUCUCGGUGGACGAUGGACCGUCAUCCCUUUACUGGGCCCCCCGCAGGCUCCCCAGGCUUUGGGGGUGGGGGGUCCCCGCGUCUUUUCUUUCCCUCCCUCCUCUGUUGGUUGUCGCUCCAGCUGGCUGUGUUGCUUUUUAAUAUUGCACCGGAAGUUUUUUAAAUAAAAGUUUUAAGAAAAAGAAAUGGGGAAAAAACAA